CAAAGAGCUUUCCCGCAAACAAGGAUCUUAAUGCAAGCUUUGGGAUGUGUCUAUGACAUGAACUUCCAGCUACGCUGUAGCUACACAAACAUCCUCACACCCGUCAGAUCUCAGGACAGCAUUUUCCUGUGAUAUACUGCUAGCAAGAAGGGAAAGGAAGCCCAGCCCUAGAUGGAAUUGCCAGGAACCCACCAUUCAGAAGACAGAAAUCCCAGUGCAGUUAUUUGCUGGCCUAAGCAGAAAAAGAUCCUUGGCCAGAUGAAUUCCAGCACCAUAACAGUUGUCAGGAAGGUACCACCUCUACUGCCACACCACCAACAUCUGCCUUUGAUGCCAUGGGAUGACAGAAAAAAAACAGGAGGUCUAGAAAACGGUUCCCUGCAACACUGUAAUUGAAACCUGAAUGUUCUCGUGUGGCAGGGUGGCUUGUAGCUAUGGAUGGAAAAAAUGCCUCUCUUGUGCCACUCUAUGUCGUUCUGAUUUUGAUACAACCAGUACCUUUGAGAAGAUAAGCACUGGUCCCCAAAGCGAUUGCUCUUUUAAACUCUCAUCAUCAGACAACCCCUAUAUCAAAAACUCGAGUGGAGAGCAGGAAAAGGCAAAAAACUAUGAAAUGCUUGGCUGAACUAGAAGCUCUUAGUGGUCUUUUCCAACCAUAAGAAUUCUGUGACUGAGCAGUGGCUGCUCUCCCUCUGUAUGUGUGCAGACAUGCAGGGACACUGAAGCACCUCGGGGACCUACCUCACUCCCUUGACAUCACACUUCCCCACAGCUCUCUACUCCAUCACAAUGACCGGGUGAGUCCUGAGCUUCACGGGGCACCUGUAAGAAGGAAGGUGAUGAUCAGCCACUGCCAGGCGCCAUGUAUUAAGUCUUGAAGCCCGGGAGCAAAACACGAGCUUUGCUAAAGCACACUGUAAUUGUUCAGCAUGCCAAAACUCAGUGCGGGUGAGAAGGCGCUCAGUGAGCUGGGGUACAAGCUGGGUCAGACCUUGGGGGAGGGCAGUUUCUCAAAGGUGAAAGCAGCCACCUCCACCAAACACAAAGAACCCCUGGCCAUCAAGGUGGUGGAUCGGCGACGAGCCCCCCCAGCCUUCGUGUACAAAUUCCUGCCCCGGGAGCUUUCCAUCCUACGCAGGAUCCGUCACCCCAACAUCAUCCACAUCUUUGAGCUCAUCGAGGUGUGCGAUGGGAAGCUCUUCAUCGUGAUGGAGGCGGCAGCCACCGACCUUCUGCAGCUGGUACAGAAGACGGGCAAGCUGCCCUGCAUCCCCGACGCCCGGGACAUCUUUGUGCAGGUUGUGGGGGCUGUGUGUUACCUCCACGAUCGCAAUCUGGUGCACAGGGACCUGAAGUGUGAGAAUGUGCUGCUGACUGCUGACGGCCGCCGGGCCAAGCUCACCGACUUUGGCUUCAGCAAGGAGGUCAACGUCUACCCAGAUAUGUGCACCACAUUCUGCGGCUCAGCAGCCUACGCUUCCCCAGAGGUGCUGAUGGGAAUCCCCCAUGACGCCAAGAAGGUGGACGUGUGGAGCCUGGGGGUGGUCCUUUUCGCCAUGGUGACUGGCUGCAUGCCCUUCAAUGACACCCACGUCCACAGCCUACCCCAGCAACAGAAGAAGGGGGUCACUUACCCAGAGAGCGUGCUCCCAUUGCCAGAGCACUGCCAGGCUCUCAUUGCCCAGCUGCUGAACUUCUGUGCUGAGCGCCGGCCCGGUGCAGGGCAGGUAGCCAAGAACUGCUGGCUGAAAGGAGACAUCUGAAGAACAGCCCUUGCCAGGGACCCCACUGUGGCAGUCACAUUAUAGUACAAUAAAUGCCAUAGCAGAAAAGCA